UUGUGAAUCCAUUGGAAAUACAUAAAUAUAUUCAACAAAUGUCUUUGAUAGAUUCCAUACAUUAUCUCUUGUAUAAUAGCAGAUGAGUGUAAAUGUCAUGGCAAAGGAAGAGUUUUGCUACAAGGCCUUGCAAGUAAUUGAUUGCAAACAAGGUGCCAUCAGAGCAGUCAGAUUUAAUGUGGAUGGAUCAUAUUGCUUGACUUGCGGAUCAGAUAAGAAGUUGAAACUAUGGAAUCCGUAUGAAGCAACUUUAUUGAAAACUUACGGAGGACAUGGGAACGAGGUUCUGGAUGCUUGCAGUUCAUGUGACAACAGCCAGAUCCUGUCAUGUGGUGCGGACAAGACAGUUAUCGCGUGGGACGUGAGUACAGGCGCUGCCGUGCGCAGGCUGCGUGGACAUGCAGCCACGUGCUUUGGUGUCCGCUACAACGAGGAGUCUACCUUCGCUCUCUCAGGGUCACGUGACAACACGGUCAUGGGGUGGGACAUCCGUAGCCGCAGCCAGGACCCUGUGCAGGUAUAAU